AUGGGGGAACCCGCUCAUCUAACACCUCGCCAAAUAUGGGCUCAACCAACGACAACGACCACCAGGACUUAUGAAGCGGACUGCACGCCUUUUCUAUUACCCAGUUCCGGUUACGUCUAUUUGAAUCGCUCCUACUCUAUCGCCUUGACCGAAAAUGCCAUCUACGAUCCCAUCUGUACCGGCACGGGCACGCCAACUGCCACGGCCCAUGCGGUCGCCGCGCUCGAUGUCACCGAUCCUUUCUAUUCCUCCGUUACCCCGGCGUUGUAUGCCAUGGGCUGUACGACCGUUGUCAGCUAUCUUCUCGUUAUAAUACUUCUUAUCACGCCGCGGACGUUUUAUGUUGGGGGUCCUGGUGGCGGUGCAAACUUUCUCGGACGUCAUGGUAUGAUUAGCGGUUCGUAUAGUGGUAAUUCGUCGGUGGUUGGCGUGGGUGGUCGGCCGUGGCUGCAAAAGGUCGCGGCCUUGUUAGUCGCGGUAUCACUCACCAUUGCGACUGUCGACUCCUUUCGUGUGGCUGAACAGCAAUAUUAUUAUGGGUAUUCCGAUGCCGAAGCGCUGGCGGACGAGGUCAUCGACGGUAUGGAGAUCCGGGUGGUCAGAAUCAUUUCCAGCACCUUCCUGUGGCUGGCCCAGAUUCAGACUUUGAUUCGGCUGUUCCCUCGACAUAAGGAGAAAAUCAUGAUCAAGUGGGCAGGGUUCGCGUUAAUUGUGUUUGAUACCACGUUUAGUAUCCUCGACAAAUUCUUGGUUAAGACCGACACCGUUCAUCCGCGGCUAUACGAGGACGCGAUCCCCGCUCUCAGCUAUCUAUUCGAACUUGCUCUCAACCUUUUGUACGCCGCUUGGGUCAUCUUUUACUCGCUUUCGAAACAUCGAUUCGCCUUCUUCCAUCCGAAAAUGAGGAAUAUCUGUCUGGUGGCCUUGCUCUCGUUAUGUGCGAUUCUUAUACCCGUUGUGUUUUUUGUUCUGGAUAUCGCAAAACCGAAAAUUGCCGGAUGGGGUACUUAUGUUAGAUGGGUUGGAUCGGCAGCAGCGAGUGUCGUGGUCUGGGAAUGGGUGGAGCGGAUUGAGGCAUUAGAACGCGAUGAAAGGAAGGAUGGAAUACUUGGACGCGAAAUAUUUGAUGGAGACGAGAUGUUGGAAGUGACCCCUUCGGAAGAGGUCGAUUGGCCGCGCUACAACCCUGACGGCCAUGAUCGAGGCGGAGGCGGUGGAACAUCUUCAGGCUGGGGAGGCAUGAUGGGAUUGGCUCAUCGACCUUUGCGUACGAGGGUUGGUCGUAAUUGGCAGUCGAACCUCGAGAACCAACAGCACAACAUUCCCAUGGACCCUCGGCGCCGGCGCAUGGCGCCCCGACCAACUCCUCCCCCAGCAGCUAUAACGCCUGUCAGUCGCGCUGACACAACCAGCGCGGCCAGCACGGUAUACAACAUACAUUAUCAUCCGGUUUCUAGUCCCACUCCACCGGUGGCCAUGCCUCACAUGGAGGAAGAGGAUGAAGACAUAGACGAAGCGGUGGCCGCGAAGGAGAUGACCACCGACGGUCAGCAAGCCGGCCUGGCGCAAGAUGCGCUGGCACAACAACAGACUCGGGAGCAAUCCCCUCAAAUUGUGCACGUGGAUAAAAGGUGGCGAGCGCUGCUCAAUCCUUUCAAGCGAAGGCGGGCAUCUUUACCAAGAGAAGUCGCUUCUGCACAGGCCGAGGAAGAGGGGAAUUCCGCAGGUGCUCAAGUGGAACCACAGCAUCAUUCCUUGGAUGACAGCGACGAUGAGCACAGCUUACAUGCCAGGCAUGAUUUUAGGUUUGGCUUCCAUCGACGAUUGCGACCUGGUUCUGGACGACAAGGCUCCGACUCCCCCUUGCCAGUCACGGUUAUUCCGGCUAGACGCCGUGGUCAACAGACCUGGUCACCGCAACAAUAUCACGAGCCUAGUUCACGAACAACAACUUCGAAUCAGCGUGUUCCGCCGGGCCGUGAUGACCUGCCUGUGAGGGUGAUUCAGCCGCAAACACGAACUGCCGCUCCAUGGAGCGCAGCCGAUGGGCAAGGGUUCAGUCAUGGCAACUAUGAGCUGCGAUAUGACCCUGAAGCUGCAGCGCUUGUGGAGCCUGGUGAGCAUGGCUCUGAAUCUCAGGCGGCGCUGGACGCCGAUGGCUCGGUCAGCGAGCCUACUCGGGGGCCGGCCGUGCGCCAACAAUCCGAGCAGGAACUCGACCCGACGGAAAGAGCACCUAUAUCACCAACCCAGCCUCUUCCAGAUGAGGCUCCUGAAGAAUCACGAGGGCCACAUGGCCAGCAGUGA